AUGGUCAUCAUUCUAACAACUAUUGUAUUAAUAAGAGUGUUGAUGAUGUGUAGUGCCUUUCUUCUGAAUCUAACGAAAUUCAACUCAGCAGUCAUUAGACAACCUUACAACAGGUUAUUGUACUCCACACUUUUGCGAGAAAUACAUCACGAGCAGUCAUUUGAAACCAUUCUCAUAGUGCACAAUGGGAAUUAUGCUCCCGAAGUUUUAUUGCAGGCCAUCCAACAGUUGCAAUUGCCUCAAAUGAUUGUGACUAAGGGAGAGAGAAGCUUUGGCUUAAAACAAAACUUCAACUCGGAGAUUAUGGCCAUAUUAGUCAUGGACUCCUCAAUUGACCUUAAACUUGUGGACAUUCUGGCUAAUAUGCUCAACAACAUACGUCACACCAGAAUCCUUAAUAUAGCCAUUAAUGUGAAGGCCCAGGAGGAAUACAAGAAGUCUAUGAUGUUAUCGUACAAAUAUUACAAUAUGACGAAUGUUUUGCUGACAUUCGUCCACCGCGAAGCCAACGAGGCUGGUAUUAUGAAAUUUUUCCUACUCAAACCCUAUCCACAUUAUCAUUGGGAUGCAUUAUGUCAACCAAAUAUGACUCCACAUUUUCAACAGCAUUGGAGGAAUAUGCAAAACAAAACCCUGCUGACAUUCGUAGAAAAAAGUGACAUUAGAAGUCUUUAUUUUCAGGAUGAGAAAGGAAAGAUGCAGCUCAAUGGCUAUGUUGCCAGAUUUGUCUCAUUGUUCGCCGAACUAUUUAAUGUCUCGCUGCAAAUGGCAUAUCCUUUGAAUCUUUCACAUCCGGCACGCAGCUUCCUAAGUCGCCAGGAUUCUUUGGACAACAAAGAUUUAGAUAUUCCCAUGUUCCUGCAUACCACCUCCAACGAAGAUGAGCUUCUGCACUGGACAGAUAUCUAUGAGUUUGAUCAAGGCUUAUUUAUGGUGCCUUGUGCCCAAUCUCUAAGCACACGUGAAGUGUAUGCCAUACUUUUAAAUGUCGAAUUUCUGGGUUGUUUAGUUGCAAGUACCCUGCUGCUAUCGCUGAUUCACUCUCUGAUCGAUUACAUAGUUGAUGAUAUAGUACAACCGGCACGCCUGGUCUUCAGCGAUAGAGUAUUUCCCGCAGUUUUGGGACAACCUUUUGCAGUUCGCUAUACCCACAGCCGUAGUUUGAAAAUUCUACAACUACUGCUGUUUAUAUUGGGCCUCUAUAUAAACACCCAAUUCUCGGUAAAUGUGAAAACGCUGCUGACGCGACCACCUCAACAUCGACCAAUCGAAAGCAUACAGGACAUAGUGAAUUCACCUCAAAAGAUUCUACUCUACGAAGCAGAACAUGAAAUCAUAUCGGCCUUCAGCGGGCAUAACAUGCGAUCGGUUAUCACUACCCAAAAUUAUACCUACCUCAUAGAUAUGCAAUUACAUCUGAACACCGCGUACAGCUAUUAUAUCUCCUCGGGUCUGUGGGAAAUUCUGAUGCGGCAACAGCAUUUCUAUGCCCAUCAAGUGUUCUGUACCUACGACAACCAAACUCUGUUUCAAAAUCUACCCUGGGCCAUACCGCUACAGCCUAAUUCGCCAUACAGGGAACCCUUGAACUAUCUCAUCAAUCAGAUCCACGAUUUAGGAUUUAUGGAUGCCUGGGUAUCCAGCACUUUCUCCGAUUUGUUAAAGCUGAAAUUAAUGUCACUGUACGAGCCUCAUGUGCAAAAUGCACCCAAGUCACUAAAGGUGAAUGAUCUCUUCUGGACUUGGAUAAUGGUCACAAUUGGUUUAUGCACCAGCUGUUUGGUAUUUCUACUGGAGGUCAUGUGGAGUGGUAUAGGGAAAAAGAUGACAACUGUGAGAAAGGCCCAUUGGAAGAAGUAA